AUGAGUCAAUCGCUGAUUCAGGACUUUGAAUAUAUCGCGGCCCAUAUCAAAGAUUAUAUUGAUGAUGAUAAGUUAUUUACUACAUUUGAAAUAGAGGAUAUCGAAAAAAUCAUGAAAUUUGCAAACUUGACAACAAAUGACUUCAUUACUCUUCUGAAACAAUCACAGUCUGUAAUCAAAUCAAACAAAUUAUAUAUUGGUAUUCGAAAUGCAAAUGUUUCUAUACAAAAUUAUGAAGAAGUCGUCAAUCUUCUGAAGUAUUCUAAAAAAUAUCUUAAAUUGACAUUUCUUGAUGGAGUUAUUGAUUUCUUAAUACAAAUGGCAAAAACACAAUCCGAUUAUGCAAAGAAAAUCAAAUCUCUUCAAGCCGAGUUAAAAACAAUUCAAAACCAAAAACAAAAAAGUGAGAAAGAGAUUGAACCACUUAAACAGCAGAGAAUUUCAGGUAUGAGAAAAUUCUUAGAACAAAUGCGCAGCUUAAACGAUGAGGAAAAUAUUUUAUCAAAAAUUUCAGAACUUAAAAGUUCUAAUGAUUUUGAAAGCAUUUACAAUUUCUUUGAAGAACUUUCAUCUCAAGGGAAUCAAAAAAUGAUUUCAAAAGCAUGUGAAGAAGGUCUUUGGUUAAAGGAAGUUCUUAAAAGCAAAAAUUCUAAUAAGGAAAAGAAUAUACUUCAUGCGGCAUGCGAAAAAGGAAAUCUUUCACUUGUAAAAUCUCUAAUUGAAAGUGGUUGUGAUAAAGGAUCACUUCCUUAUUAUAAAAAUACUUCACUCAUUUAUGCAUCAGAAAAUGGCCAACUUGAAGUUGUUGAAUAUCUUAUCUCUGCUGGAGCUUAUGCAGAGGCAAAGAAUAAUUAUUUCUCUACUCCACUUAUUAAAGCUUCAUCUAAUGGUCAUCUUGAAGUAGUUAAAUAUCUUAUCUCUGUUGGAGUUAAUAAAGAAGCCAGAGAUAUAGGAGGAGAAACUGCACUCAUUAAAGCAUCUAAAAAUGGAAAAUUUGAAGUUGUUAAAUAUCUGAUCUCUGUUGGAGCUAAUAAAAAUGCAAAUAAUAAUAACGGAGAAACUGCACUCAUUUUGGCAAAAGAAAAUGUAAGAGAUUAUUUGAUUUCUAUUGGUGCUAAAUAA